AUGGAUCGCCGUCGCAAUCUGUCUGGAUCCAGUGAUUACAGCAGAGCUUCAGAUUGGAGUAUUGAUCCUCCUCCUUACUUUAACUGUGCUGGGAGUAAACCAGAGGAGAUACUACAUUGGAAACUUCAAACUUUUGAUACAUUCAAAAGAACCAUUGAGGAACUAAAGUCAGAAUAUGAUAGAAAUCUUCCCACACUCACUGAUCAAAUAAAGAAACUGAACGACAUCGCUGAUCAGACUGAAUCUGUGCACAAGGGCACUGAAGUGGGCAAUUUGGUUGGAGCAUCAGUUGGAGCAUUUGGAGGAAUCGCAGAACUAGCGGGUAUGGCUUUAGCUCCAAUCACAUCCAGACUUGCUAUGUCUCUUUCUGCUGUUGGAGCUGUUGCUGAAGCAGCUGGACGAGUAACAAGUACAGCAUCAAACAUCACCAACAAGUUCAAGCAAAGAAAACUACGUCUGACUGUUGAGAAGAUCAUCUGUGAUUUCCUGGAGAUACUCAAACCAAUGACUGAGCAUCUGAGUAUAAUUUCUUACAUCACUGCUGAUGUUCAACGGAACAAUGAGAUGUUGAGUAAGCUGAGGUUUCAGAGACCAGUAAGAGGUUUUGAUGACUUAUUAAAGAUAGUGAGAGUAGCUGAUGUAGCUAUAGUUGGAAAUUAUUGUGCAGAGGCUGCCAAAGAAAUCUGUGUGUAUGAGAACAAUGUCAGUGCUGUACGUGGAUCUGCAGGAGCUGCCAAAGCUAAGCGUGUAGCAGCAACCACUGGUGUAAUCUCAUCUCUGUUUCUUACUCUUGAUGUUGCUUCUAUUGUUCAAGAUUUAAUAGAGAUCUCUGAAAUGAAUCAACCAGCAAAAGAGAGAAAGGCAGAAGAAAUCAAAUCACAAACUCUGAAGUUUAUUCAUUACACGAGAGAAACAGCUUCUCAAUUUCAGGAGACUCUAGAUAAAAUUAACCUUGUCAUAAACACUUUUAACUAAAUGUUUCUAAACAGCACAUCUAUCAGGCCCAGAAAUAAAUGAUCACACAGUUAUUAAAAAAGAAAGAAAAAAUGACAACAUGGCUUCUUUUUAUAUACAGUACUGUAUAUACCUUAUACAGUAGGCUAGUCUUGUUCUUUUGUUUCUUAUUUGGUUUUCCAUGUUAUGUGGAAUCUUGAGCGGAAAAAACUAAAUGUUAAACAAAAGACAAGAAACAAUAAAUGUUACCGGCCUUUUUAAAGAAAGAUUAAAAAAAA